AAUAUAAGUAAAAAAAAAAGAGAAAAGAAAAAUUGCGAAGAAGAGUGAAAUACUGAAAUCACAAAGAGCGUGAGGUUGAAGGAGCAGAAGAAUUUCUGUUUCGGUGAGCUAUGGCGGAGUCGGAGAAGAAGAUCACAGUUGGCGUCUGCGUGAUGGAAAAGAAGGUGAAAUGUGGCUUCGAGGUUUUAUCGGCACCUAUGGGGCAGAUUUUUGAUAGAUUACACGCAUUUGGUGAAUUCGAGGUUAUACAUUUCGGGGACAAGGUGAUUCUUGAAGAACCAAUAGAGAGCUGGCCAAUAUGUGAUUGUUUGAUUGCAUUCUAUUCUUCUGGAUAUCCCCUCGAAAAGGCUGAAGCAUAUGCUGCUUUAAGGAAACCCUUUCUAGUAAACGAACUGGAGCCCCAACACCUUCUUCAUGACCGAAGGAAAGUAUAUGAACGUCUGGAAAUGUUUGGAAUCCCUGUUCCAAGAUAUGCCCUUGUAAUUAGGGAAAGUCCACACGAACAGCUGGAUUACUUUGUUGAGGAAGAAGAUUUUGUUGAGGUUCAUGGUGUGCGUUUUUGGAAGCCAUUUGUGGAGAAGCCUAUUGAUGAACAGGGGCUUGAAAACAAUGAUGAAUUAGACAGUUAUUCGGAUAAUUUUAAAAACAGUAAAGGCCUGAAUGGGGCUGAUCCUGGUGAAAACCCUCUUUCGAAGGGUGGUGUGAGAAUGUGACACACCAACAGAGAAUGUAAGUAUCUCCAACUUCUAGCAUGUUGGCGGUUUCUUGGUUGUUUUGUGGAUGGAUUCCUUUCUUGCUAGGUCUUCAUAGUAGUUCUUGGUUUAGGAUAGUAUUUUCAAAAUGUCAGUUGAUACUAGAUAGUGAUAUAAACUAAGAUAAUCCAUGAUUGAUGAGAUAUUGGCUCUUGAGCAGUGGGUAAAUGGGAGUUAGCUCCUCUACCUUAAAGGAAGUCCACUAUUGGUUCUUGUUAGGUAUAUACAUGAUCCAUCUCUUGUGAUAUGUUCCGCAUUUUUCUCAAAAAUAUACUCCUCUCACAUGAUUCGUUUUACUUUUUACAUGUACAGUCAAUAUAGAAAAUAUAUGAAACCCAUAUAACUACUUAAAAUAGUCACAUGACAUUAUGUUAUAAUCUUGAUCUUAUAAUUCUUAUCAAUGGUA